AUGGGGCGACGCCGUUCAAAACCGCCCACGCCACCUUUUGCAAGGCCUGCCUCGCCUAGAUAUUUCAGCUGUGUGCACCCAGUCCACGUGAACCUCACCGCACCAUCAGGAAUCCUUCUGCUCUCUGUUCACAGCUCACCUCACCGCAUCACCACUCGAGUGCGCGCCGCCCACGCCGCGAUGUCACUAAGGCGCCUCCUUGGCGACACCGGCUCGUGCGCGCUCAUCGUCGAGCCGCCGGGCUUCUCCCAGCUCGCCGUCCCGGCGCUCAACAUCAACACCAGCGACGUACCCGACCCCGACAGCGACGUCACUCAGCUCCUCGGCGGCCUGGUAUGCUCCGCGAGCGGCGACGGCCUCGUCCUCGUCACCAUCUACGACAUGCGCUUCCCGGCUCCCAUCCUCGCGAAGCAGGGCGCCCAUCAUGUGCGCCAGAUGAUCACAGAGAUCGUCCCCGAGCACAACCCAGACAUCACGCGCUUCCUCUGCAACCCGCUCACCGGCCAACUCACCCGCCUCCCCGACAUCGGGAACGGCCCCAAGCAGAUCGCGUGCGGCCCUCACAUGGGCGUCCUCACCCAAGCCGACCGCGGCCACGGGCCGCCCGACAGGUUCGCCGUCGCGGAGCUGCAGGGGAACACGAUGCUCCGGUUCCUCUCGGACGCGGGCGGCUGGGAGGUCGCGGUCACCGCGCCGUGCCGACUCCCGCUUGCGCGCCGCGUCUUCUUCGAGAACGGUGGGUUCGACCAAGAGGCGGUUGCCUUCGCCGGUCGGCUGUGGUGGGUGGACCUGACCUGGGGUGCCAUCUCGGCGGACCCGUUCAGCGACAGGCCGGAGCCCCGGUUCGUCGAGCUGCCGAGGGGCAGCGUGCUGCCUGCACGCAGCACAGCGCCCACCGGGAAGCUGCUGCGUACCUUCGAGGAGGGAGAGGCCUACCGGAGAUGUGCGCUGGGUAGGUACCGGCGCAUGGGGGUCAGCGAGGGAAGGCUGCGGUAUGUCGAGGUGUGGGAUCGGGAGCCGUUCGUGCUCAGUGUCUUCGCGCUCGACGACGAGGACAGCGCCUGGACGCUGGAGCACCGCGUGGUGCUCAGCCGUCUCUGGGCCGAUGGAGACCAUCCGUGGCUGCCUUUGCCGGAGAAGACCACGCCUCAAAUUAGCGCCCUUGACCCGCUCAACGGCAAUGUCAUCUACCUGUCGGUCGGAGAGCACGUCGUCGUCGUGGACAUGAACACGGAGGAGGUGAUUGGGAGUUCUCCGAAGGACGGCACCAGUUCCUGUGUCACAUGCGUGCUUCCACCGUGGCUUGAAUCAAGCCGGAUCCCUGCUGCAGGUAAUCAUUAG